AAUUUCUUAGAGAAUUGAAGAUUUCAAGUCAGGAUGGGCAAUGCUUUAUCUAGGCACUACACCCAAGAAGAAGGUGUUCCUCAAGGUUGUAUUUUGAGUGUGACUCUGUUCCUAAUUAAAAUUAACAGUAUAGCUAACUGUCUCCCUUUUAGUGUGAAACACUCUUUAUAUGUAGAUGACUUUCAGAUCUCCUGUCAGUCUAGUAAUAUGAGUUUCAUUGAGAGACAACUUCAAACUUUCUUAAAUCGCAUAUAUGAUUGGUCCAAGAUUAAUGGGUUUACGUUUAAUGCAGCGAAGACAUCGUGCAUCCACUUUUGCCGAAGGCGUGGUUUGCACUUGGAUACUGAAAUUCAACUAAAUGGCGAUAAAAUUACAAUGGUGAAUGAUGCUAAGUUUUUGGGUGUUUAUUUUGACCAUAAACUGACGUUUUUGUUGCACGUGCGCAAUUUGAAGAGUAGAUGUCUAAAAAGUUUGAAUCUUUCAAAGGUACUAUGCUGCUCAUCCUGGGGAGCAGACAAAGUUUCUAUGCUCAGGAUUUAUAGGGCCCUUGUUUGCUCUAAGCUGGACUACGGUUGCAUUGUUUAUGGCUCUGCGCGAGAAUCUACUCUUCGGAUGCUGGAUCCAAUUUUCCAUCAAGCUUUACGUUUGUGCACUGUUGCUUUUCGAACUUCCCCUGUACAAAGUUUGUAUGUGGAUGCUUAUGAGCCUCCAUUAUCUCUCAGGAGAGAACAGUUGUCUCUAUUUUACUAUAUAAAACAGAAAUCUUACUCUAAACUUUUAGUUGAUAUUACAGUAUUAGAUACUCAGCUGAAAAGGUUAUUUGAAGCUCGCCCAAGCAGUGUCCCUUCAUUCGUUAUAAGAAUGGAGAAUGUGAGCAGCACGAUUGACCUGAACACAGGCAACAUUUCACAGCUAGAGGUCUGUAGUAUAUCACCUUGGUCAACUCCUGUGAUAAACGUUGAUCUUAGCUUAAAGCAAUUUUUUAAGGAAUCCACUCCAGAUUAUGUCUACAGGCAGCACAUUGCAGAAAUUCAACAUUAUGACAGGAAUUUAAUUUUGAUUUAUACAGAUGGAUCUAAAUCUGAUGAUUACGUUGGCUCAGCCUUUGUAUGCCAGGAUGAAAUCGUGGCAGAACAAAUUGCAUUGAAUUCUUCCAUCUUUUCUGCAGAGUUGCAUGCUAUUUAUCUAGCUUCAAAGUAUAUAAAUAGGAAAGGUCAUCGUUCCUGUGUUAUUUACACUGACUCAGUUAGUGCACUUCAGGCUUCGAUUUCAUGUGAACCUAGUUUUUACUUUAUAGUGAUUAAAAUUCGUAAGCUUUUUUGCCAUUUUACUGCGAGAAAUUUCUUUGUAAAAUUUUGUUGGGUCCCAGGCCAUGUAGGUAUAAAAGGCAAUGAAUCAGCUGACGCAGCUGCAAAGUAAGCUAGUAUUUUACAGCAUACAAUGUGUAUUGAAGGAGGCGAUUUGAAGGUAGUUGUUAAAAAACAACUAACAGAGAGAUGGCAAAACAUGUGGAAUGCACAAGUUUACAAUAAAGUACAUGAGAUCAAGCCAAAUAUAGAAAAUUGGACACAUAAUAAACAGUAUGACAGGAGAUCUGAAGUAAUUCUUACUCAUUUGAGAAUUGAGCAUACUUGGUUGACUCAUCAAUACCUUUUGAAGGGUGAAGAGGAGCCAGUAUGCGAGUAUUGCAACUGCUUUAUAAGUGUAAAACACAUGCUUUGCAACUGCACAGCUUAUGAUCAAAGUCAUAGACAGCAUUUCGGAAAUGCAAGUUUGAGUGAGAUUUUGGGCCAGAGGCCAAAUCUUGACAAAUUAUUGAACUUUUUGAAAGUGAAUAAUAUUUAUAAACAUAUUUAAUUAUUUAUCUAGGUUAUGUUUAUAUAUACCUUGUUGAUUAU